AGAAACGCUUGGACUGCCUCUUCCCUUCGUUGAAGAACUUUGCCCAUAGUCUUUGACAUGGCAGUAAACUGUUAGAGGAUUUGUGAAAACUGCAUGAGUGGUUUGUCUCACUGUAAUGAUCCACUGGAACAAACAGCCUGAAUAAUAACUGGAAUGCUGCUACCAUCUCUUUUCAGAAUACAAAUAAGGAACUGUAGAGCCAACUGUCUAUCAAUUGACACAUUUGCUCACUGUUGCGGGAGGAAGUGGAUAAGUGACAAACCACAGCAGAAAGAGAUAAUGAAUGUAAUAACCAAGAGGCAUGGAACUAUAUAUACAAUAGGCAUUAAUAGGCCUAACGCCAGAAAUGCUGUGAAUCCUGAGACAGCGGCUCAGCUGGUCCAAGCGUUUAAUGAGUUUGAGACGGACCCGACAUUAACAGCGGCUGUUCUUCAUGGGAUAGGUGGAAAUUUCUGUGCUGGCUUUGAUUUGAAGGAACUUUCAAGCAAUGCAACCUCUUUAAGGAUAGAGCCAGAUGUCACUAAAGGUCCAUGUCCAAUGGGUCCAUCCAGGAUGCAGUUUACCAAGCCAGUAAUUGCUGCAGUAAGUGGAUAUGCGGUUGCUGGAGGACUAGAGCUGUCGCUUUUGGCAGACUUGCGUGUUGUGGAGAAAAGCGCAACCUUUGGUGUAUUUUGCAGACGUUUUGGUGUUCCUCUGAUUGAUGGAGGUACUGUAAGACUACCAAAGUUAAUUGGACUCUCCAGGGCCCUGGAUCUCAUCCUUACUGGACGGCCUGUUGGUUCUCAAGAAGCAUAUGAAUUUGGAUUAGCCAAUAGAAUUGUUCCUGAUGGUCAAGGUCUUCAGUCCGCCAUUGAGUUAGCAGAAAAGAUCUCAACCUUUCCUCCGAAGUGUAUGCUCGCUGACAGGACUUCGGCCUACUAUAGCACUUUUGAGGCCUCCAGCUUUGCAGAUGCAAUGCAGUAUGAAUUUAAUACUGGAAGUGAAGUUCUCGCUGAAGAGUCAGUUGCUGGUGCUAAAAGGUUUAAAGAUGGGGAAGGCAGGAAAGGAAAAUUAUAAAUUAUCUGCACCGGGUGCACUGCUUACAGGGCUGUGUACUUUUUAACAAUAGCAUAUGUUCACAUUUUCAAAGUGAACAUUUUAUAAGUGAGGCAAUAAUUUUUAAGAAUUAUGCAAGAAUUACACUCAAUACUCUCCACACUGCUGGUUACUAACUAUCAAACUGCCUACUGACAUCUGCUAAGGAAUGCUGAAUUAACCUACUGUCUCUUCUGCUUUCAGGUAUGUGAAUUAAGGCCCUGCACUGAAAUCUUGCUAUUCCCUGCUUUUCUGUCAUUUUACACCAAGUCUCUCUUUUUGGUACGUGAAUUAAGGCCCUGCACUGAAAUCUUGCUAUUCCCUGCUUUUCUGUAAUUUUACACCAAGUCUCUCUUUUUGGUACGUGAAUUAAGGCCCUGCACUGAAAUCUUGCUAUUCCCUGCUUUUCUGUAAUUUUACACCAAGUCUCUCUUUUUGGUACGUGAAUUAAGGCCCUGCACUGAAAUCUUGCUAUUCCCUGCUUUUCUGUCAUUUUACACCAAGUCUCUCUUUUUGGUACGUGAAUUAAGGCCCUGCACUGAAAUCUUGCUAUUCCCUGCUUUUCUGUCAUUUUACACCAAGUCUCUCUUUUUGGUACGUGAAUUAAGGCCCUGCACUGAAAUCUUGCUAUUCCCUGCUUUUCUGUAAUUUUACACCAAGUCUCUCUUUUUGGUACGUGAAUUAAGGCCCUGCACUGAAAUCUUGCUAUUCCCUGCUUUUCUGUAAUUUUACACCAAGUCUCUCUUUUUGGUACGUGAAUUAAGGCCCUGCACUGAAAUCUUGCUAUUCCCUGCUUUUCUGUCAUUUUACACCAAGUCUCUCUUUUUGGUACGUGAAUUAAGGCCCUGCACUGAAAUCUUGCUAUUCCCUGCUUUUCUGUCAUUUUACACCAAGUCUCUGUGUGUAUAUAUAUAUAUAUUGAGCAAUUGAAUUUAGGCUGUUAAAAUUAAGUCCUGCAUUUUUUGUAAUGAUUUUUCCCAAUGUCUCAAUUCUAAUGUCUAGUUAAUUGCCAUGUGAUGCUCACUCCUUAUCAAUACUUGCUAUAACUCUAAAAUGUAUAGUUUUCUUAUGUCACAGUUUUAACCCCUUCCAAAUUUUAUUGUCUGUUUACUUAACUCAUCUUACCCUGACCAGACUCUAACAUUCCAAUUGGCCUUACCAACUGUCUUUGAUUAGCAAUUAAGUAAAUUUAGUGGACUCAGCUGACUGCCCUACCUGUAUAUAUUUCAGACUAGUUGGGGAUGUGCACUGCUUACAGGGCUGUGUACUUUUUAACAAUAGCAAAUGUUCACAUUUUCCAAGUGAACAUUUUAUAAGUGAGGCAAUAAUUUUUAAGAAUUAUACAAGAAUUCAACAAGGAUUGGGCAAGGGGCAAGACACAAGGCAAGUACUCUUGUAAUACUAUGUUUUAUGUAUCUCAUUGUAUCCUUUUGCAAGUGCUGCUGUAACACUGUGUCUUAUGUGUUUACUUGGUUCCCACUUUCAGAAUAAUGCUCAAUAGCUUCAUAUUCCUUUUUGCUACCUCUUGUCUCUAUAACAAACUACAUUACUCACUUACUCCUUCUCCCCUCUCCACCUGCACUGUUCAUUAGCCCAUCUCUCUUAAACUCACCUUACUUUUGUACUCAUGAACUCUACUUAUUCCUAAAUACUCUCUCUCCCCCCUGCACUUCAGCCAAACAACAGUCUCAUUACUGCAAAUCUGCUCCUCAUCUCAUGUCACUCUCCCUCUUGCUCAUACUAGCUGCUGGCGACAUCUCCCCUAAUCCUGGUCCCUCACAAACUCCUAACCUUUCACAUCCUUGUGUGCCUUUCAAUAGACUUCAUAAACUAAACUCUGAUAACCUUAUUCGCAUUCCUCUUACAUCUAAAAACCCCUCCCCCUUCACUUGUGCACUCUGGAACUCUCGCUCUGUUUGCAACAAGCUCACUUCUAUCCAUGAUCUCUUUAUCUCCCACUCUCUUAACCUUCUGGCUCUUACAAAAACCUGUCUCUCUGCUUCAGAAACAGCAUCCACUGCUGCACUGUCACAUGGGGGUCUCCAUUUCAGCCACACUCCUAGGUCUGGCAAUAGACAAGGAGGUGGUGUCGGUAUUUUACUUUCCUCUCGUUGCACCUUCCAACAAAUACAGCCCUUCUCUUCACUCACAUUUUCUUCAUUUGAAGCACACAUGAUUCGGUUAUUCUCUCCCCUCUCUAUACGUGUUGCAGUCAUAUACCGCCCCCCUGGCUCCCCAAAUCAAUUUUUAGAUCACUUUGCUGCCUGGCUUCCUUAGUUCCUUUCCUCAGACACCCCUGCCCUCAUUCUUGGCGACUUUAACAUCCCUCUUGACAAUCCCAAUGCCUCCUCUGCAAUACAACUUCUUCAACUGACUUCCUCUUUCGGCCUGUCACAAUGGACUGACUCUCCCACUCACAAAGAUGGUCAUUCCCUUGAUCUGAUAUUCACCUAUUGAUGCACUCUUUCAAAUUUAACAAACUCCCCUUUUCCUCUCUCUGACCAUCAUCUCCUAACUUGCAACAUCACUUCCCUACCUACAACUCCCCCUCCCUCUACCCCUCACACCAAACUUCACAGAAGCACUAAGUCACUAGAUCUGCAUCAGCUCGCUAGCUCUCUCAAACCUCUCCUCUCAUCCUUCAACUCCUUUUCCUGCCCUGACCAAUCUAUCUGCCAGUAUAAUUCCACCCUUACAUUGGUCAUUGACACUCUGGCCCCUCCAACCUUAGCUCAGAAACCACACUCUCAUCCUCAGGUCUGGCAUACUCCUCUGACACGAUACCUACGCAGAUGCUCCCGUACUGCUGAGCGACAUUGGAGGAAAUCUCGGAGUUCAGCUGACUUUCUUCACUACAAGUUCAUCCUGAACUCCUACUAUUCUGCCCUUAAUCUUUAUAAGCAACAAUAUUUUUCUAAUCUCAUCUCUACUCUUUCCUCUAACCCUAAACGUCUGUUCAACACGUUCAACACUCUUCUCCGCCCACCCCCACCUCCUAACACAACCUCUCUCUCAGCUCAAGAUUUUGCAAGCCACUUCAACAACAAAAUUGACUCCAUCAGAAGUGAAAUCAGCUCUCAACAUACUUCCAAUCUCCCACCCCCUCAAAAGCUCACGAUCACCCAAAACCCAAAUAUCCAAAAACGCAGCUCUUUUGCCCCUGUUAAUGAGGAUGAAGUUUCUGCCCUUAUACUGUCCUCCCACCUCACUACCUGUCCCCUCGACCCCAUCCCCUCACAGCUACUCCCCUCCCUCUCUUCUACCCUCAUCCCCAUACUCACACACAUUUUCAACCUCUCCCUCAGCACUGGUAUAUUUCCCUCAUCUCUAAAACAUGCACUGGUCACACCUAUCCUCAAAAAACCUUCCCUUGAUCCAAUCUCCCCUUCCAAUUACCGCCCUAUUUCCCUACUCCCUCUUGCCUCAAAGCUCCUCGAAAAGCUAGUUUACGCACGUCUAUCCCAUUUCCUUACACUAAACUCUCUUCUUGACCCACUGCAAUCUGGAUUUCGUUCCCAUCACUCUACAGAGACAGCAAUUGUCAAGGUUACCAAUGACCUACUUACAGCAAAAUCCAAAGGCCACUUCUCUCUGCUUAUCCUCCUUGACCUGUCUGCAGCCUUUGACACUGUUGACCACCCUCUUCUGCUUCAAACCCUCCAAUCCUUCGGCAUCUGUGACACAGCUCUCUCGUGGUUCUCUUCCUAUCUGACUAACCGUACAUUUAGUGUAGCCUUCUCCGGAGCAUCCUCUGCCCCGUUACCACUUUCUGUUGGGGUACCUCAAGGCUCUGUCCUUGGUCCCCUUCUCUUCUCAAUCUACACGUCGUCACUACGUUCCUUAAUAAAGUCCCAUGGGUUUCAAUACCAUUUGUAUGCUGAUGACACCCAAAUCUACCUCUCUGCACCAGACCUACCUCCUUCCUUACUAACCCGUGUCACUAACUGUCUUUCUCACAUCUCAUCUUGGAUGUCCUCUCACUACCUUAAGCUAAAUCUCUUCAAAACUGAACUCCUUAUUUUCCCCCUUCUUCCAAUGUCUCCACCCCCAAAAUUUCUAUAACUGUUGAUAAUUCCAUCAUUACCCCUACCCCGCUCGCCUGAUGUCUUGGGGUCACACUUGACUCAGAUCUUUCCUUCACUCCUCACAUCCAGUCCUUGGCUAAAGCCUGCCGCUUCCACCUUAAAAACAUUGCUAAAAUUAGACAUUUCCUUACACAAGAUACAACCAAGAUUUUAAUCCACUCUCUCAUCCUUUCCCACCUCGACUACUGCAAUUCCGUCCUCUCUGGUCUACCUAGCUGCCGCAUAGCUCCUUUACAAUCCAUUAUGAAUGCCUCUGCCAGGCUCAUCUUCCUUACUCGUCGCUCUUCAUCUGCUGCACCUCUCUGCCAAUCCCUUCACUGGCUUCCUCUUGCCUCUAGGAUUAAACAUAAAAUCCUCACCCUGACAUAUAAAGCUCUCAACUGCACUGCUCCCCCUACAUCUCAGAACUUGUCUCUAGAUACUCUCCCUCCCGUCCCCUUCGAUCAGCUCAGGAUCUCCUCCUCUCUUGUUACUUCCUCACAUUCACGUUUACAGGACUUCUCCAGACUGGCCCCCAUCUUGUGAAAUUCCCUGCCUCGCUCCAUAAGACUCUCCCCGAGUUUUAACAGCUUCAAGCACUCCCUAAAAACUCUACUAUUCAGGGAUGCAUACAACCAACACUAACCUUUCCUAACGCCAUUGCUUUCCCAUUGAACCCCUUAGAUUGUAAGCCUAUGGGCCCAGCUGUUUACAGAUCGCUUCAUAAGAGCCGACUACAACAGUGAAACUCUCGGCAGGGCCCUCUACCCACUUGACCCCUACAAAAGCUAUCCUGUACACCGACUAUGUUUACAGCGCUGCGGAAUCUGUUGGCGCUCUACAAAUACCUGAUAAUAAUAAUAAAUAAUAAUAAAAUUAUUAUCACUGGGAAAAUAAAAUUAAUUAAUGGUGACAGACUAUAUUAGGGCUCAGUUUUUCCUCUGUAUGCCCAAUAUCAUAAUGCAGCUGUUAUAGGUUAAAGAUCAAAGAGCACAGUCCUAAUGAAAAUCUAAGGACUGAGUUUAUAUAGAUCAGAUAUAAAAUUGAGUUUGGAUAAACUUUUUUGAAAUCUUGCAAUAGUUUUUGUACUGUGGGAAAGUAAAGGAUUUUUCUAAUUUAAUAUGACAAUUCUUGAUCUGAGUAGUCAUUCCCUAGUAUGCAAAUUAACCUGUGACUUUACAUACAGGGCUCAUACUGUAUUAUUUCUAUUUGUACUAGGUAUAGUCAGUCUAGCUAUCUGGUACGUUUUGUGACAACAACCCAUUCAAAUAUUCCUGAUGUUCUGUGCAAAUUGUCUUGCAUGGCUUUUGCUUUGAGGGUUUAAAACUCAUACCAUUGAAAAGCCCUGUAUCAAGAAAUUUAUCACAAACAUAUAUUUGUGGCACAGGGACACUCCUAUAACUUGCAUAAUGUUAGUUCACAGAAAUAUAUAGAAAUUGUGGUACCAAACCUAUGAAAAACCCACAAGUGUUACUAACACAAGGAUAUAUACUAGUGUUAUAUAGUGUUGAAAACAUAUGACAAUGCAAAGUACAUAAACAUCUUUAAAUCCCAUUAAAUAAUCUACCAUUUUUCAAAAACAUUCUACAGUUGCCGAGUGGCCGACACAUACAUAACUUUUUGUUCUCCAAUUUUCUAGUAAAUAGUAGUUUAAAAAUAUGUUCAUUAAAAGCAGAAAGAAAAAUCUAUACAUUUGUUGUGUUUUAGGUUUAUUUUUAGGUUGGCUUAGAAUCUACUUUGGGCUUCUGUUGUAGUUUACAUUGUUACUCACAUUGUAGGGACAUAGGUGACAAGUCACACUGUGAUACACAUGACAAUAUUUGAGAUCUUUUCUCCAAAUCACCUUAUGGAUUAUUAAAGGACACUGUGAAAUAAAAAUCAAUUUGUGUGGGAAAAA